AUGGACCAAGCAAAGCUACAGAAGAUGCAGCAGUCAGUUCGAAUAGGUACCCCUCGAAGAAAAGUCAAGAAAGUCCACAAGACGGCUGGCACAGACGACAAGAAAUUGCAAACGUCCCUUAAGAAACUCAAUGUACAACCGAUCAAUGCGAUCGAAGAAGUCAACAUGUUCAAGGAGGAUGGUAAUGUCAUUCAUUUUGCUGCGCCAAAAGUCCACGCAUCCGUCCCCUCAAACACAUUCGCAGUCUACGGCUCCGGCGAAGACAAAGAGUUGACAGAAUUGGUCCCUGGGAUCCUAAAUCAGCUGGGACCGGACAGUCUGGCUAGUCUUAGGAAACUGGCGGAGAGCUAUCAGAGCAUGCAGAAGAAGGAUGGAGGGAAGGGCGAGGGAGGGGAUGAUGACGAUGAUGACGACAUACCAGAUUUGGUCGAGGGAGAGAACUUCGAGAGCAAAGUCGAAUAA